AAAAAUGAAGGAAAACUGAACAGCUCAUCGGUGUAGAUUAAUAAUAGAAGUGCAAUAAGAAACUGUUGACAAAAGUAGCGUAUUUUGGGGGCAUGCAAUUAUAACUAUUUUUUUUCUCAUUUACAGGGAACAUCAUGGACAAACUCCUUUUAAAUUUGGGUUUGGUGGAGUACUAUGAUAAGAAGCUCACUCUACACACAGUGCUGCAGAUCAACAAGAACAGUAUCACAGAUGUGACUGUUCAGUCCCUUUCAGAUCUGCCGUGGCUGUUCUUGAAGAGGCUGAUGAUGCUACAGAGGACAGCGAGGAGUGUUAUGUGUUCUUCAUCAGACAGGACGGAAGAUUCAGAGUGGGAUGAUGAUCAGGAGAGUGAAUCAGACUGUCUUCAGUCAGUCAAUCCUUUGGACAUUCUGACUGCUGUGUUUCUUUGCUCUGACAGUUUUCUUCAGCAGGAAAUGAUUAUGAAAAUGUGCAUGUGUCAGUUUGCUGUUCCUUUGCUGCUUCCAAACAUUGAGAACAAUCAGAUCACUCUUAUGCUUUGGGCAAUGAGAGAUAUUGUAAAAAAAUACAGACCACACUCAUUAUCAGAUUCAAGUAAAUUUUUGGAAGAAAGGAUUGCUCUGUCAGAAAUGCCUUUAGUGUCUUUUGUGAGACUUGGUAGGUGCAACAUUUCCAAAUCAGAAAUUCUGAAUAAGCUGCUCAGCAAUCCACAGGAGUACACUGAAACAUUUGUGCACUUCAACAUGGAUUGUGGAAACAUCAACAAAAAAAUAUCAAAUGGCUUGGUUGAGAUGACCUGGUAUCUUCCUUGUGGGAAAAAGAACAUUGAUGUCUUUCCUGAGCCUGUAGCAAUUGCCAACUUGAGAGGUGACAUUCAGAACUUUGAAACACAGUACACUUUUCUGCGUGAGGCUUCAGCUGCUGUGUUUGUGUUCUUUGAACCCCAAUUUUUAGAUUCACAGUUAAUUUCAGUCCCGAGUCAGAGACAUAUUCCUCAGUUAUUUUUUGUGGGGGACUCCAACAACGAUAUCAUAAAAGCUACAGUGAAUGAGCUCAAACUGAAAAAAAUGAGCAAUUUCAUCUUUAAAGCAAAGCAGAAUGAUGCAGAAUUUGUUGGCAAAAUUAAGAGCAAGUUGCAAGAUGCAAUUAAGGACAACAAUCACAAAAUGUCAGUUGUUCGUUUAGCUGAGUUUGCACACAAUCUGGGAAUCUUGGUGGAUGAGGAUGCUGAAGAAUGUCAGCGUGCCAAAGCAAGAGCAGAUGAAAUCACUUCAAAAAUUAAUGAUAUAGUGCAAUUCAAGAUGGAGAAACUUCCCUUGCAAGGGGAAAUCUUGAUGAAAUUGGCCAAGUUAGAGAAAGAGGAAUUCCCUUUGAAAAAGAAAGUUGGCGAUAAGAGUGUUGAGGACUACAAAAGUGACCUUCAGAUUGAGAAAAGGAAGCUCAGAGAAGAGCAAUACAGAACAGACAUGUCUACUACUAUGGGCUGCUUUAUCAGCGCAAUAUCAUCACCAGAAAAGGCCUACUUCUUAAAAUGGUUGAGAAUCAAUUUGGAGAAUCGCUCACAUGAAGUACUGCCUAGACUCAGAGAACUGUACAAACAGAAAUGUCAAGAUGUUUGUAAGAACAAGACAGGAAUAGCUGAGCUUGAUAAAAAGAUUUCAAACAGUUCUUUAGGAGUGGAGCACUUCAUUCGAGAGAUGAGCCAGCUUUACGAAGCUGCAGUCUCGCUCUCAGAAGAUGCACUUUACCGCAAACAACUACAACAUUUACCUAGACUCUGUGCUGAACUACUGCUGGAUGGAUUUUCACUUGAACUUGUGGAUGGAGAUUCUUCAAAUAUCCCUAAAAAAUGGCUUUCUAGUGUGUUUUCUGAAUUAAACACACUGGUGGAGCCCAAAAACAAGAUUAUGGUUGUCACUGUUUUGGGCGUCCAGAGUUCAGGAAAGUCAACGCUGCUGAACACCAUGUUUGGAGUUCAGUUUGCAGUGAGCAGUGGAAGAUGCACCAGGGGAGCCUUUAUGCAGCUCAUUAAAGUAGCAGAGGAAUGUAAUGAAGAGCUCAAUUGUGAUUAUAUAGUGAUAAUUGACACUGAAGGACUAAAAUCCCCUGAGCUCGCACAACUGGACAACAGCCACGAACAUGACAAUGAGUUGGCAACUCUUGUUGUUGGACUGAGUGAUGUAACAAUUGUCAACAUCGCCAUGGAAAACUCCACAGAGAUGAAAGACAUUUUACAGAUCAUUGUUCAUGCCUUCCUCAGGAUGAAGGAAAUAGGUAAGAAACACACAUGUUUGUUUGUACACCAGAAUGUUGCUGAUGUCUCAGCUCAUGAUUCAAACAUGAGAGACCGUAAAUUUCUGUUGGAACAUCUGGAUGAAAUGACACAAGCUGCAGCCAAAAUGGAGAACAAACUGGAGUUUAAUAAAUUUACAGAUGUGAUGAAUUAUGACACUGGGGAAGGUGACCACUACAUCCCUGGAUUGUGGCAUGGAAACCCCCCAAUGGCACCAGUGAGUAUCGGCUAUAGUGAGUCUGUGUAUGAUCUCAAAAAGCAUUUAAUGGAGAUCUUCAGACAUUACAAGUCCAGUGACAUGAAUGAAUUUAUUAGAUGGACCAAAGACUUGUGGACUGCUGUGAAAUUUGAGAAAUUCAUCUUCAGCUUCAGAAACAGCCUGGUGGCUGAUGCAUACAUGAAACUGUGUACAGAGUACAACACAUGGGACUGGACACUGAGACAGAAAAUGCACACAUGGGCAUUAGAGGGUGAAACAAAGAUCUUGAACCAUGGAAAAUUUGAAAACUCUGAGCAGUGCACCAUUGAAGAUUUCUGUUGUCAUUUGCUACAAAAAGCAGAUGUUGAGCUUUCAGAAGGAGAAGAUGAAAUUUCUAGUAAGAUCAAAUCAUACUAUGAACAAGGAGAAGGUCAUGUUGAACUUGUGGAAAGCUAUCGACAAGACUUUAUAAACUCUGCCAAAUCUUUGAAGAAAGAGCUUUCAGAUUCCAUCACAAACAAACUGAAUGCAGCUCUUUUACGUCGAAAUGCAAUGAUGAAGGUGGAAGGAAUCAAAAAAACAUACAUGGACACAAUGGAGAAAAAAAGUCCUGGACUUGUUGAAAUUCUGUCGUGA